GAGCCAGUUCCUGUUUUCUCUCAGCUCACUAAGCAGAAAUCCCUCACUGACAGACAACAGGAAAACCAUGAUAUGCUUGUGAAGUGUCUCACUGAAGAUAAGCGGUUCAACAAGAACAGACCGGUUACUGCCUUCAUUGUGUACAAAUCAUUGCUUCAAUGGAGAUCCUUUGAGGCAGAGAAGACAAACAUAUUCGAUAGGAUUAUUCAUACAAUUCGAUCAUCGAUAGAGAGUCAUGAGAACAUCAGUGAUCUUGCAUACUGGCUUUCAACCACUUCCACUCUUCUCUUCCUUCUUCAAAGUACACUCAAGGCGAGCAAUAAUCCUAAUGGCUCCACGCAUCGUAGCCGAACUUCUCCCGCCGCCUUAUUCGGUAGAAUGGCAAAACGUCAGGGUUUCCAUUCAUCUUCAAUGGGCAUCGGAAUAUCGAAUGGCUACAGUGGAAUGAUUGGAAAGUCUAAUGCAAAAGUGGAAGCCAAGUACCCUGCCUUGCUGUUUAAGCAACAUCUAACCGCGUGCGUCGAGAAAAUAUACGGAAUGAUCCGCGACCGGUUAAAGAAAGAGAUUAGCUCAUUCCUGAAUCUGUGCAUUCAAGCACCAAGAUCUACAAGGGCAAGAUCAAUAAGAGGGUCAUAUAGAAAUAUCCAUUCAAAUAUGGUGGCAAAACAGCAAGCAUCAAACAUUCACUGGCAAAGCAUUGUCAAUAAGCUAGAUCAUACAUUGGGAAUUUUAUCUGAGAACCAU